AUGGAUCAAGAAAGGCGUUUAAUAACUGCUCAGUCGUUACAGACGUUAUUCGAUUCUACCAAUACGAGUCUGACUAUCGUUCGGAAUGUGGCGGAGUUUAGUGCCCAUAAACUGGAUGAAGGUGACGUCUCAGAUGUCGAAGACAUUGAUACCAGGGAUCCCGCUAUUGUUGCUAUCGAUGUUGCUUCACAAGUUUCGUAUCUCCGCAAGUUGAAGCACCAGUACUUGGAGCAGAACGCCAAAGACAAAUAUGUCAAGCUCAUCGUCACUGACAUCGACGAUCCACCAACUGUCACUGAUGGUGACAAUAAACAGUUGGAAAAGCAGAACAUGGAGCAAAAGGAGAAGUUGAAAGUCGCGAAAGAAAAGUUGUCGACGAUCGAAGAAGAAUUUCGCGUCGUGUCUUCGAAGGUGGAGGAAGAUUACAUCCGAGUCAAACAAGCAACAGCAAAAGCUACAGAACUUGCCCAGAAAAUCAUUGACGCCAGGCUGGCUUUGUCCCGACUAAGACAAACACACCCUCACCCUCGAGUUACCGUCCAGACCGCAGACAAAAAACUUGAAGAUCAGGUCAUGGAGAUGCAAGCGCUUACCGAUGAGAUGCAAGUUGUUGAGCAGAAAGUUCACAGCGUCAAAGGGAAACUCAAGUCUGAAUCACUGGAGAUGGAAUCACUCAAGUCGCAGAGAAACGAGGUAGAAAAGAGUGUCAAGAAAUCCGAGAGCGGGUUCAAUGAUGACCGACGCUUCGUUCCCUUGUACGACUGGUUGACUGGCUCUCUCAUGAUCCAUCGCUCCAUGCAAGGCUUGGAGGUCAUGGAAGCCAUCUCUGAGAACGAAUUACGACUACAAUAUGGCGUAGAAGACAAACAUGGUCGAUCCCGUUCAAUAUCAAUCACGCUGAUCUUCGUCCCCAACAGCAGGAAACUGGCUGCAGCCAAUGCCAAUGUUCAAGGAAUGGAGGAGUUUGCUAUAGAUUUCAGCGAUAUCAUCGAGGCGCAUCUGCAAAUGAACAACAUUCGUGGUAUGCUUGCUGCCAUCUUGGCACGCACACGAGAAGGGACAUAA